AUGAAUGGCAAAGUUGUGAGCUGUAGCAGUGGGGAAGAAACGGAUGGAAAUGAAGAAGACAGUAGCAAUGGGUCGAUAGGAAUGGUGCUUCUCAGCACUGCUGUCGCGGUUUGUGGCUCUUUCGAGUUUGGCUCUUGUCUAAUUGGUUACUCUGCACCUGUUCAGUCUGCAAUUAGUGAAGAUCUCAACCUGUCUUUGCUUGAGUACUCCAUGUUCGGCUCGAUACUGACAAUUGGAGCCAUGCUUGGAGCUGUAACCAACGGCAGAACUGCAGACUUCAUCGGCCGAAAAGGCGCAAUGAGGAUGUCUGCUAUGCUCUGCAUAAUGGGAUGGCGGCGGAGACGAUCACGUCAUGGCCACGGUGGCGUAGAUGGCGGAGUGCUAGCUAGUAGUCUUGCAAUGGAAGUGAUGAUGAACUGA